CACCGACCACCCGGUCACCACACGUCUCUGACAGUCAGACGGCAACAGCCGAACAGCUACGAGGUAGAGACCAGAGUCUCCGGUUGCAAGUGGCGUGUACCCCUCACACACGCACAAACACAGUCAUUGCGCUCUCUUUUUCGACGGUUACACUCCGAUUUUUAUUUUCCCUCUCAUUCCGUUGAGAAAAGUCCCUUUCACUCCUCUCUCUCUCUCUCUCAACACGCUCUUUCGUGCUUCUUCUUCUUCUCUCAAAAAUCACUUCACAAAAGAAGAAGUACAACAACAAUAACAAUACAGUGAAGAAGAGAAGAGAAGAAGCUUCUAGAACCAAUCCUAGCUGUUGAGAUGGAGUUCGGAGCUGCGACGGCAACUUUACCGAAGAAGCUAUCGAGCGGUUACGGUGUAGCUGGAAGAUCGGCCUACGACGGCGUUUUCACAGCUCCGGUAAAGCUCAGAGCUCCUAGUUUCUCUACUCGAUUCGAUGAUUACCGUGAGAUUUUCGGUGCCGGAGGUGGAGGAGGAGGAUCGCUAGGUUCUUCUAUUCCGAUUCUCGAGCUUCCGGAGCUCAACGAAGAGAGGAGCAAAAUCAACGAGGUUCGGCGCUCGCAGCUCGAUUACUCUGCAGUCUUCGGCGGGUUCCGGAACCUGGACGGUGCUGUGCGUUUUGACGAGCUGGCAGCUGAGCCUAGGAAGAAGAAGAAGCAGGAUAGCUUCGCCAGUGGAGCAUCAACGCGGAGCAAAACCAAUAGAGAUGAUCAAUCUUACAGGGGAGACACUACUAAUUAUUCGAAGGAAAUUCCAGCGGUAUCACGGUCAUCAAAUGAUGCCAAAAUGAUCAAUAUGUCAUAUCAUAAAGUUAACCAGGGAAGUGAAGAUGGAACGAAGGGGACAACUCAUAUUGCACAUCCUGUCCCUGCCUAUACUUGUUUGGUUGAAGAAGUCAAUCCAGUGAAGAUAAACAGAGCUAAUAAGUCCACACCAGCUGCACAGGAUGCUUAUUCCAGUAAUCAUCAUUAUAAUGAAGGGACAAAGGAAGUUGGAUAUCGAACUGGUGCUUCAUCUGAUAUUGCCAAGAAACAGUCCUCCAACAAUGGAGUAAAAGUUAAAAAUAGAUCCAAUUCUGUUGAUCUUUUUUUUUAUGCAUGUGAGACUAGCAGUGGAAGUAAUGGAGCACAUCGCAUCAAAGUUCCUCCAUCAGACCAUAUCUCAGGCGAUAGUAGCAACCUUGAUGCUAUGAGAUCAGCAGCAACCAAAUGCCAGACAUCUAAAAGUGACUCGCCUACAGGUGCUUCCGGUGCUGAUUCACCAUCAUACCUGGAUGAUUUGGUAGACUCAAAUUCUGAGGCUGCCGCUUCUGUAGCUGCUUUACGAAAGGCAAUAGAAGAGGCUCAAUUAAGAUUGAAGGUCGCAAAAGAGUCAUUGAGAAGAAAGAAAGAAGGUUUUCCUGAUCGUGUGAAGCGGAAGUCUAAUAUUGACCUUAAAGCCAAUGUGAAAAAGGAGGCUGAAGUCCAAUAUAAAACAAUGAAAAUGGAAGAGAUUAGGAUGAGGCAAACAUUUGGAGAAACAGAUGCUUUGCCACAAGUUUCUUCUGAGGUAGGAAGGCCAAUGAGGAAAGAGCGAGUAAGAUCAGAUGCUGGGGCGAAAGAAAUGUUUGUUGCUGCACAUGAAGCUGAGAAGAAAUUGCAUUCAACUAAAACAAAACGUGUGGAAGAGGUCGAGCACAAAGAAGCUGAUCAUAAUGCAAAGGUUGUUGAGCCUAAAGAGGCAGAAAUUAGUAAGAAAUUGCCGCAUAACAAGAACACAGAUCAUGACUAUGAGAAGCCAGAAGAGUCUGGCCAUACAAUUGAAGUGGUUAAGGGAUACAGGGAACAAGAAAAGGUCCGGGUAGGUGAUGAAGCAUGUGCAGAUGAGGAACUUGCCUGUGAAACCAGGCAUAGUAAUCAACUAAAAAUAGCUGCAGCUAAUCGAGCAAGCCUACACAAAGAACAUGUCAAUGAAACUAAACAUAGGUGUCAAGAAGUUAUAGAUGAAACAAAGCUGGUUCAAGUGGCAUUUGAUAGUGGAGCGAGAGACAAGAAAUUAAAGGUAAAUGAAGAUGGUGAAGCUGAUAACAUGGUUACACCAGUCCAUGAUCCAGAGGACCUCGAAUGCAACUUGGAUGAGCAGGGGUUAAUAACGGGAAAUGAAAAACAAGUUGCUUUCAAACCUGAUGAUGAUGGAAAAAUGGAAGAAGCAUUCCCUGAGGUGGAAGAAUGUAAACAAAAUGUGAGAGCUGUUGAGCAGCUGAGUGAGGUUGAGAAAGCCAUCGAGGAGAAUGCUGAAUUGUCCGAUGAGCUAGAGGAGUUGUUGUGGCAGAAAGACAAUACAAUAGCAUUCAGUCCUCAUGUUUCAGACUUGGAAAGUGUGGUAGGAGACAUACAGAACUUAGCAUGUUUAGAGGACAGAAAGAAUAUGGACGAAGCUGGAUUUUUGGAAAAAAGUAUAGACACGGAAGAUUCUUGUCAAAGACAAGGCACCGAGAAUAAUUGCAGCAACAUUAUUGUGCAGGAAAUACAGGAGGAGAUUGUGGAUAAUGUUCUUGAUGAGGAAGAAAUUUUUGAAAGAGUUUCAAAGAAUAAUGAUUUAGAUGAAGAAGAAAGGGUUCAAGACACCAUAACAAGGGAGGAUGAACUUGAAGGAGGGUUUAUUCUGGUGGAAGAAACAGAGAGGGAAAUGGAAGAUAACAAGGAGUCGGUGGACAUAACUGGAGUGGCUCAGAUUGAUCCUAACUACAUGGAGACAAAAGCAAAGGAAGCUCGAGCUGGCAAGUCAACAGAAAUUAGUUCUAGCAAUGAGCUCGAUGAAACUGAGAAGUUAAACGAUAUUCAGGUAGCUGAUACAAUUAUUGAAAACGAUGAAGCUUUCAAAGUAACUCCUGUGGUUUAUCCAUAUGAUGUGCAAGAUGAUAUAAUGGUUUCGCACAAUGCUUCAUUCCAACAAGAUAAAGAUGAAGAACCAGAAUCAAUUAAGGCAAGAAGCAGUUCCUGGGAAGAACAUGCAGCCGAGACUUCUGUCUCCAAUCAAGAUGUCCUUGAACUCAAUGAAGGAGUAACUAAAAUGCAAGGUGCAAGUGCAACAGUCAUCUGCGAAGGAGCUGAUACAAAUAUUGGUGAAACUGACGUGAAGUGUAGGCAAAAUGAUGAUAAAUGUUUGGAAUCUACAGAAAAUGACUGCAAUCUGGCAUCACAUGAUGAAGAAACAACUGCUGAGCCUGUAGAAUUCUGCAUUGACACAAAGGAGGCUAAGGUUACAUCAGAUGAAGAGGUGCAUGAGAAUCGAUCUAAGUUCUCUGAUGAGGAAAAUUUGUUUGACUAUACUGAAGUGUGUGAAAUACCUACUAUGUCUGAAUUGAAAUCAAGCGGAGAAGAGGAGGUCGAAACAAUUCAGAGUAGUCCACAGGAGAUCCAUCAAGCACCUGUGACAAUGGAAGCAGAAGAAACCAAAGCUAAUCCGCAGAAGCUAGAGCUGGAAAAGGAAGACCUCAAGAAAAUUGAUGAAGGAAAGGAGAGAGAAAGGGUAAGACGAAGAGAAAGAGAAAAGGAGAAAUUAGCUGUAGAAAGAGCAAUUCGUGAAGCUCGUGAAAGGGCAUUUGCCGAUGCCAGAGAGAGGGCUGCUCUGGAGAGAGCUGCUGCUGAAGCGCGGAAAAACAUCGAUGUGCGAGAAAGGCCGGGAAAAACUACUGGUCAAGCAAAUGAGAAGACACUAGCUGAGAAGGCCGCUAUGGAAGUGAAACUUAAAGCUGAACGUGCUGCUGUGGAGAGAGCAACUGCAGAGGCACGUGCACGUGCCCUAGAAAGGGCACUAUCUGAGAAGGCUGCCUCUGAAGCAAGAAAUAAACAUGACAAGUCAGACCAGUAUUCUGGUGCUUCCAGAGAUAAUGGAGCGAAACAAAACUUCCAAUCAAAAUCUUUCAGCUAUGGUGUUCGAGAUUCUAUUGAUUUAUAUGAUGGAGCUAGUGGCGAUUCUGCUCAGAGAUGUAAAGCUAGGUCUGAGAGGCACCAGAGAAUAGGGGAUCGUGUGGCAAAGGCUCUUGCGGAAAAAAAUAUGCGUGAUCGUCUUGUUCAGAAGGAGCAAGAGGAGAGAAAUAGGAUAGCAGAAGCUCUAGAUGCUGAUGUUAAAAGGUGGUCCAGUGGGAAGACAGGAAACUUGAGGGCAUUGCUUUCAACAUUACAAUAUAUCCUUGGGCCCGAGAGUGGCUGGCAACCAAUUCCUUUAACAGAUAUAGUAGCCACCAGCGCUGUAAAGAAAGCUUAUCGCAAAGCAACUCUUUUCGUGCAUCCUGACAAGCUGCAGCAGCGGGGAGCAAGUAUUCAACAGAAGUACAUUUGUGAGAAGGUUUUUGAUCUUCUAAAGGAAUCUUGGAACAGAUUCAACAUGGAAGAACGAUAGAUAUUGCUCACUGCACAUGGUGGGGAUAAUUCUUGCGGAAGUGUAUGCUAUGUUCAAUGAAAUGAAAAGUAAGCUUAUUGUAGGAAGGCCUAUAAGUUAAACUUUCAAUAUAUAAUUUAAUUCAUGUAGCGUUCUCCAUUUCUUGUUCCCCCACCCAAGAUAGGCUUUUAAUCAAGUAAUAAAAUAGUAAAGAUAGCUCAGUCAUUCAGGAUUGGGCGAUUGGCUGAAUCUGGCCAUUUGAUUUAA